AUGGGCUAAUGGUAAUAUACUUCCUACAAUUACAAGUAAUUAAUAAGCAAUGGCUUAUACAGAAUAAGAAAUGGAAGAUAACUUUAUUUAAUUCAAAUUAUCAGAUCCAUCUAAUCANAACAAUUUGAAACAGUUGGUUAAUUUUGUUGGACUUGUCAUAAAUUUGAUCAUUAUGCAAAUUCAUGUCCAUUUACUCAUUAUAUUCCUUAAGUUUAGCAUUUAGUUGAUAAUGCAACUAUUAUAGGUACAAAUUAAGAAAGAAUUAAAAUAUAAAGAUAUGAUAGAAAAUAAUGGCCAACUAGAAAGAAUUAAAAAAUAUUAGUAAAUGGUUUGAAUAAAUCUAAAAUUCAAAAAUAUGCUAAUGUUAUGGUAUUUGAUAAUUUUUAUUGAAUUAGUUGAAAACUGCAAGAAAUAUAAAUUAAUAAAAGUCAUCAAAUUCUCCUUUAAAGAAAUAAACAAGUAUACAAUAAAGGGAGUAAUCUUUUGGUGAUUCUAAAUUAAAUAUAAUCAAAUCUGAAUCAAUAUAGGAUGAUUCUUUAAGAUAUUAAGAAGAAAAUGUUUAAUCCUCAGUUCAAGAAUCCUAAGUUCAAGAAUCCUAAGUUCAAGAAUCAAAAGAAGUAGAGAGAAAUAGUCUUAAAAAUUUAUAAACAAAACUUAAUUAAUAUAGAGAUUAACAUGAAUAUUCAAUACAUUAGGGAUUAGAUUACUUUGAUGAACCUUAAAAUUUUAAAUUUUACCAAAAGAAAUUCAAUUAUUCAAAUUACAAAGUAUUCUAAGGAUUUAAGGAAACUUAAAUGAAGAAAUAAAUAAAUAUAAGAAAAUCAUUUAUGCCAGGAAAAUAUAUUUGA